AUGACACAAGAACCUAUCAUUCCAGUCAUUUCCCAAAUUAAAACCAUUCAAAGUCAUUUACAAACUCAAGACCAUGAAAUAAAUCUUGAUAUAAUAACUUCUCAACAAUUUUCCCUUGGUGAUAUUGCUACUUCAUUAACUAAUGAUCAAAAAUGGUUUGUUUUGAAACGAUUACAUUUUGAUACUUUAGUUUCAUUUAAAAAUUUACCUACUCUGGCAAUAUUUAUAUUAGAAAAAUUAGAAAAUUUAUCUAUUGAAGAAGCAAUUGAAUUAUUGAAACUGGCAAUUUUGGAACAUAAUAAUGAUGUUAAUAUUCCAGAAAAUGAUUUAAUAUUAUGGCGGAAAUUGAUUGAAUGGAAUGAUAAAAUUGCAGAAAAAAAUCUGAUUGAUAGUAAUAAUAAUACUAGUAGUAGUAAUAAUGAAAAAGAUUUAAUCAAUUCUAAAAUUGAUAUUAAUUCAAUUGAGAAAGGUAAUGGUAACAAUACUGCUAAUGGGAAUUUCUCAUAUCAUCAAAUUGUGGAUUGGGAGUUGCAAAUUCGUUUAGAAGCAGUAUUAGUUGCUUAUUGGUCACCAUAUCCGGAGGUCAGAGCUGUUACUUUUCCAUUUGAUGAUCCUAAAAUUCCAGUUGAAACUUUCAGAGUUUAUUUAAUUGGUUUUAUUUGGACAGCUAUUGGAGCAGUAAUUAAUCAAUUUUUUGCUGAAAGAAGACCAGCAAUAUCUCUUUCCAUGGCAGUUGUACAAGUUUUCCUUUAUCCAUCUGGAAUACUUUGUCAGUGGAUUUUACCUAAUUGGGAAUUUCAAAUUUGGAAAUUAACUAUUAACUUAAAUCCCGGUCCUUACACAUAUAAGGAACAAAUGUUGGCUACGAUAUUUUGCGGUGUUACUGGAGGUGGAACAUCUUAUGCUGCUUGGAAUAUUCUUAUGCAAAAAUCAUCACUUUUUUAUAAUAAUCAAUGGGUUGAUUUUGGUUAUCAAGUAUUAUUAAUCUUGUGUACUAAUUUCAUGGGCAUUGGAUUAGCUGGAAUCAUGAGGAAAUUUGCCGUAUACCCCACCAAGGCUGUUUGGCCAUCAGUUUUACCUAAUUUAGCUUUGAAUAAAACUUUAUUAACUCCAGGUAAAAAAGAAAUAAUUAAUGGUUGGACUAUUCCCAGUUAUAAUUUCUUCUUUAUUACAUUUAUUAUAUCAUUUAUAUAUUUUUGGAUUCCCGAUUACUUAUUUCAGGCAUUGUCAACUUUCAAUUGGAUGACUUGGAUAAAACCUGAUAACCUAAAUCUUGCUGUAAUUACUGGAUCAGUUGGUGGAUUAGGUUUAAAUCCAAUAACUACUUUUGAUUGGAAUUAUUUGAGUGCAUUACUUCAACCACUUCAGGUGCCAUUUUUCAAUACUGCCUCUAAUUUAGUUGGAAUGUUUAUUGCGUUUUUUUGUAUUAUUGGUGUUUGGUAUUCUAAUUAUAAAUGGACCGGGUAUUUACCAAUCAAUGAUAAUGGACUUUUCACUAACACAGGACAACGAUAUUCUGUUAGUCUGGUUGUUAACAAAAAUAGUUUAUUCGAUAAUGCAAAAUACCAGGAAAUUGGCCCACCAUUUUAUACUGCCGGUAAUUUAGUUGUUUAUGGGGCAUUUUUCGCUCUUUAUCCAUUUCAUAUAGUUUAUGAAAUUGGUAUGAAUUAUGAACAAAUGUGGGAUGCCUGUACAUCAUUCUGGAGAGUAAUUAAAAAUUAUAAAAAAUCUACCUAUGAUGGAUUCAAUGAUCCCCACUGUACAAUGAUGAAAGCAUACCCAGAAGUCCCUGAAUGGGCAUAUUUGAUCAUUGUUGUUAUUGCCUUGGUAUUGGCGAUUUUAUGUGUUAAAUUAUAUCCUGCUGAAACUCCAGUAUGGGGAAUCUUUUUCGCAUUAGGGACUAAUGUUGUAUUCUUGAUUCCAUUGACUACUAUCUAUGCCAGAACAGGAUUUUCCUUUGGAUUGAAUGUGUUAGUUGAAUUGAUUGUUGGCUAUGCUAUCCCUGGUAAUGGGCUAGCCUUAGCAUUUAUAAAAGCAUUGGGUUACAACAUUGAUGGCCAGGCACAAAAUUUUGUUAAUGAUUUGAAACAAGGUCAUUAUGCUAAACUCCCACCAAGAGCUGUUUAUCGAGCACAAAUAUUAUCAGUAUUUAUUGCCUCAUUUAUUCAAUUGGGUAUUUUAAAUUUCCAAAUUAAUGGAGGUAUCAAAGAUUAUUGUGAUCCUAAAAACACUCAGAAAUUCACUUGUCCCAAUGCAAGAACUUUUUAUUCAGCUUCAGUGUUAUGGGGGGUUAUUGGCCCAAAAAGAGUUUUCAAUGGGUUAUAUCCAAUUUUAAGAUGGUGUUUCUUAAUUGGAUUUCUAAUUGCAUUCCCAUGUAUUAUUAUCAAACGAUGGGGUCCAAGAAAAUAUGUCAAAUAUUUUGAACCUUCUAUUAUUAUAGGUGGCUUUUUAAAUUAUGCACCAUAUAAUUUAUCAUAUUAUAUUCCUGGAUUUUAUGUGUCGUUUGUGUUUAUGUCAUAUAUUAAGAAAAACUAUGAAGCAUGGUGGCAGAAGUAUAAUUAUAUCCUUUCCACCGGAUUGAAUGCUGGUAUUGCCUUUUCAUCAAUUAUUAUUUUCUUUGCAGUAAUGUAUCAUGCCAAAGACAUCAAUUGGUGGGGUAAUAAUGUUAUGUAUGAAGGUAUGGAUUAUUUAAUGAGCGGUUGGUUAAAUGCUACUAUUGAUGCCCCAGAUGGAUAUUUUGGACCAAGAGUUGGUCAUUUCCCAUGA